AUGAGACGGAGAACGCGAAAAACGCAGGUACCUAGCGAUAUACCUAAAAAGGUGACUAGAAGUUCUACCAGAAGAAAACAACAACAAUCUCCGUCAUUAUCUGAAGAAAAUGCGGAUUCUUCGAUGAACGAAAGCCAAAUUUUAGAAACGAGCAUCGAAGAACCAGAAAAAGUCGAUUCAGGUAACAAAGCGUUAGAUAAUACCGAAAAAAGCGAAAAUAAAUCUGAAUUAGUUCAACCGUCUGAAGACAAAACAGUAAAAGAUCAAGUUAAUGCGGAUGAGGAUGAGGAGAGCCCAAAAGGUAAGUCAACAGGUAUAAAUGAUCAAACUCCAAAUAACAUUGAACAUCAAAAUGAAAAUAAUGAAAAUGUACAGGGGUCAGCCCCGUCACCUAAAGAUAAAGAUGAAAAUGUACAGAUAAAUGAGAUUCAAAAAGAUGAACAACACGAUAGUGCACAAGCACAAGAAGAAAACGUAGUUAAAGAAGAAAACGAACCUAAAGAAGAAGAAAAAGCUGCUGAAGAAACUAAAGAAACUUCUAAUGAAACUCAAUCGGACGAUUUCGAAAGCGAAUACAAGAAAGAAGAUUCAUCGAGUGUAAACGGUUUAUCGAAAACCGAAGAAUCCAGUGCAGAAGAUAAACCGAUAGCAAAGAAAUGUAUUAUCUUAAAAAGAACUGCCAAUGAACGAUCGCAAAGAGUAUCCUCGCCUUUAGAGGACGGCGAAAUACAAGAAUCUAAAGAGAAAUCGAGAAAAAUCACUCUAAAGAGACACACUAUCGAAGAAAGUAACUCGGAAAUCGAUAAAAUCGUCAUAAAUCGAAGACCGUCCACUAGCGAAGAAAAUGGUACUAGAAAAAAGCGAUUAAGCAGUGGCGUAGACGAGAAUAUACUUACAGUAGUCGGUAAACCGAGUAAACCUACUAAAAUAAUAAAACUCGAUAGGACUUUCUCCAGCGAAACUCCUCCGCAACAACCUGAAAACGCUCGUACUCGUAACCAAUCCUGGGGCAAAUCCGAACUGUCCGACAGCCUUUCUUCGAACACUUACAAAAUCGAUUUGGAAUCGAUCAAAACCGUCUGUCCCGCUUUGGAGUUUCUCGCCGAAACCGACAUAAAAUUGGAGGAACCUCCGAAGGAGAGCGAAAUCGAAGAGGAACCGGUCGCGAAGAAAUCCGAAGAGGAAGAGGCCAAAUCGGACGAGGCCAGCGAGAAGGAACAAAGCGAAGAGGACGAAUCGCAGGAGGAGCAAAAAAUAAAAACCAACGCAAACAUCAUAGCGUUGAAUAGAAAAAUCAGUAUAGUGGAUGAUACGGCUGCGAAAUUGCGACCGCCUCCCAGCCCGGCGAAGAAUCCGACGUCCGCCAUCUUGUACAUCACCAAUUUGGUGAGGCCUUUUACUAUUAAGCAACUCAGAGAGCUUUUGGAGCGCACGGGGAAGAUCAAGGAGGACGGGUUUUGGACCGAUCGAAUCAAGUCGAAAUGCUACGCUCACUACGAAUGCAUCGAAGAGGCGGAGGCUACGAGGAAUGCUCUGCACGGUAUUUUCUGGCCGGUGGGCAACGGAAAGCAACUGACAAUCGAUUAUGCGACCGAAGAAGAAAUGGAGGUCGCGAAAAAUCCCGUACCACCACCGGUUGUUGUUCCCGAAAAGUUACCGGAUAAGGAAAACAGGGAGCCCGAUUUGAUGACUAAUAAGCAUAGGGAGGAUCAGGAAGGGGAUUUCGAGCAGGAGGAGAGAAAAAAUGAUUCAGGACGUGAAUGGGACAAGCAUAAGGAAGAGCAUCGAAGAAGGCAUUCUAGAAGCAGGAGCAGAGAAAGGGCGCGAAAACACAGCCACAGAUCGUAUACUCCCGAAGAGCAUCGCAAAAGGCAAAAAAUGAACGAUGAUUCGGUGCCGCAAAAGUUGAUGGACGAUCUAUUUUUGAAAACUAAAGCCAUGCCGAGUAUCUACUGGCAGCCCCUUUCUCCUCAAGAGAUUGCGACGAAACAACAACAACGGCUUGUCCGGAUGGAAGAGCACAAGCGAAGAAUCGAAGAGACGCGGACUAGAAGAGACAAAGAGCGCCGGGGCUCUUUCAGACGUCGCUGA